UCUUUUCCAAACUUUGCUGUGCUUUUUUGUCCAAAGAAUCAUAUUCUUCUGCCCCUUCUCACACGAGUGAAAUUUACCUUUUUGCCACAACAAUCAUGGCGGCGACGGCGGUCUGGCAGCCCCGAGACGAUGGCCUCGCUGAGAUCUGUGCUCUUCUCGAACAACAGAUUUCUCCUUCCUCCGUCGUUGACAAGUCUCAGAUUUGGAAGCAACUUCAGCACUUCUCUCAGUUCCCCGAUUUCAACAACUAUCUCGUCUUCAUCCUCGUCCGCGCUGAGGGUAAGUCCGUUGAGAUUCGUCAAGCUGCUGGAUUGCUGCUGAAAAAUAAUUUGAAGGGUGCAUAUCCAUCCAUGGCUCAAGAAAACCAAAAAUACAUCAAGUCCGAGUUGCUGCCUUGUCUGGGAGCAGUGGACAGGCAUAUUCGGUCAACAGUUGGAACUAUCCUCAGUGUUAUUGUCCAUAUAGAGGGAGUUUCUGGAUGGCCUGAGCUAUUGCCAGCUCUUGUAACUUGUUUAGACAGUAAUGACCUAAAUCACAUGGAUGGCGCAAUGGAUGCAUUGUCAAAGAUUUGUGAGGAUAUCCCUCAUGUAUUGGAUUCAGAAGUUCCUGGUUUAGCAGAACGCCCUAUCAACAUUCUCCUGCCUAGGCUAUUUCAGUUUUUCCAGUCGCCCCAUGCUUCACUGAGGAAGCUCGCCCUGGGUUCUGUGAACCAAUAUAUCAUAAUAAUGCCUGCUGCUUUGUACCAUUCCAUGGAUAAGUACCUUCAGGGGUUGUUUGUCCUUGCCAAUGAUCCUGUAGCAGAAGUCAGAAAAUUAGUCUGCGCAGCAUUUGUGCAUCUCACGGAAGUCCUCCCCUCGUCCAUAGAGCCGCAUCUCAGAAAUGUCAUGGAAUACAUGCUACAAGUUAACAAAGACCCUGACGAAGAAGUGGCUCUCGAAGCAUGUGAAUUUUGGUCUGCAUACUGUGACGCUCAGUUGCCGCCAGAGAACCUAAAAGAGUUACUACCACGCCUAAUUCCAGUGUUGCUAUCAAACAUGGCCUAUGCAGAUGACGACGAGUCGCUUUUGGAUGCAGAGGAAGAUGAGUCUCAACCAGACAGAGAUCAGGAUUUGAAACCUCGUUUUCAUACAUCAAGACUUCAUGGGUCAGAGGAUUUUGAUGACGAUGAUGAUGACUCGUUUAACGUGUGGAAUCUAAGAAAGUGCAGUGCAGCAGCUAUUGACGUUCUCUCUAACGUAUUUGGAGAUGAAAUCCUUCCAGCACUCAUGCCCCUUAUUCAGGCAAAAUUAUCAACUUCUGGUGAUGACACCUGGAAAGAAAGGGAAGCUGCUGUUUUGACUCUUGGGGCUAUUGCUGAAGGCUGCUUUAAUGGUCUUUACCCUCACUUAUCUGAGAUCGUAGCAUUUCUCCUUCCUCUUUUAGAUGAUAAAUUCCCUCUCAUAAGAAGCAUAUCUUGCUGGACGCUUUCUCGAUUUGGCAAGUAUCUUAUCCAGGAAAGUGGCAAUCCGAAGGGUUAUGAACAGUUUGAGAAAGUUCUUAUGGGUCUUCUCCGCAGACUCUUGGAUUCAAACAAGCGGGUCCAGGAGGCUGCCUGUUCAGCUUUUGCAACUGUUGAAGAGGAUGCUGCUGAAGAGUUAGUGCCGCACUUGGGAGUAAUACUGCAGCAUCUAAUGUGCGCUUUUGGAAAGUAUCAGAGACGGAACUUAAGAAUUGUUUAUGAUGCUAUUGGAACACUGGCAGAUUCGGUUAGAGAAGAGCUGAACAAGCCUGCUUAUCUUGAGAUUCUGAUGCCUCCACUGGUUGCAAAGUGGCAACAACUCUCCAAUUCAGAUAAAGAUCUAUUUCCAUUGCUGGAAUGCUUCACAUCCAUUUCUCAGGCUUUAGGUGUAGGGUUUGCUCCAUUUGCUCAGCCUGUUUUCCAGAGAUGCAUUGAUAUCAUUCAACAACAACAGCUGGCUAAGGUUGAUCCUGCUUCUGCUGGUGCUCAGUACGACAGAGAAUUCAUUGUUUGUGCUCUUGAUUUGCUUUCUGGGCUUGCUGAAGGGCUUGGCAGUGGGAUAGAGUCUCUGGUUUCACAAAGUAAUCUAAGGGAUCUGCUUCUCAAGUGCUGCAUGGAUGAUGCUUCUGAUGUCAGACAAAGUGCUUUUGCUCUCAUGGGUGAUCUUGCAAGAGUAUAUCCGGCCUAUCUACAACCCCGCAUGCUUGAGUUCCUUGAAAUUGCCAGCCAGCAACUGAGUGCAAACCUCAUUAGAGAAAACAUUUCUGUCGCUAAUAAUGCUUGUUGGGCCAUUGGAGAGUUAGCGGUCAAGGUUCGUCAAGAAGUCUCACCAAUUGUGACCAAUGUUGUCUCUUCCCUAGGCUUGAUUCUUCAGCAUGGAGAGCAGGGUGUCAAUAAGUCACUAGUUGAGAACAGUGCUAUUACCCUCGGGAGACUAGCAUGGAUUCGUCCAGACCUCGUCGCACCUCACAUGGAGCACUUCAUGCAGCCAUGGUGCCUGGCAUUGUCAAUGGUACGUGAUGACAUUGAGAAAGAAGAUGCAUUUAGAGGCUUAUGUGCAGUGGUUAAAGUGAAUCCAUCAGGAGGUGUCAGCUCACUCGUUUUCAUAUGCAAAGCAAUUGCAAGCUGGCAUGAAAUAAGAAGCGAGGACGUCAAUAACGAAGUUUCCCAAGUGCUGAACGGCUAUAAACACAUGCUGGGAAACUCAUGGGCGGAAUGCUUGUCUGCUUUGGAACCUCCCGUAAAAGAAAGGCUUGCCAGAUAUCAAGUGUAAUAUUGAUUUCUACACCGGUUAGUCUCAAAUUUGAGAGAGAUGUGCUCUAUCUUUAAUUCAUUGCAAACAACAAAUAGAUUCAGUGAGUUUGAGCAGAAGGCGCUUGAGACAUCAUUUUUUUGCAAGAUUAAAUGAAGAGCAAAAAGGUCACAAGAGAAGAGAGAAAACAGUACAGAGUUUGUGUGUGGGCUCUUCAGAUAACAAUGGUUGGAAAUUUUUACUUACUGUCUUUUUUUUGUUUUCUUUCUCUAUUUCUACAUCGAUUCUUCGUCCUUUUUCUUUCACGGGCAAACAUUGUAUGGUGGUUUGAGCAGUUUUGGUAAUAUGUCUGAACCGAAAGAACUAAGGAAGUUUAAGAUUCAACUUGUGUGUGAACUAUUGGACCUGUGGAUACCAAUAAGAAGAAAAAAUGUGACUGGG